AUGUAUUUGUCAAGAUUCCUGUCAAUUCAUGCCCUUUGGGUUACAGUGUCCUCAGUGAUGCAGCCCUACCCUUUGGUGUGGGGACAUUAUGAUGUGUGUAAGACUCAGAUUUACACAGAAGAAGGGAAAGUUUGGGAUUAUAUGGCCUGUCAGCCGGAAUCUACAGACAUGACAAAAUAUCUGAAAGUGAAACUGGAUCCUCCGGACAUUACCUGUGGAGACCCUCCUGAGACAUUCUGUGCAAUGGGCAACCCCUACAUGUGCAAUAAUGAGUGUGAUGCAAGUACCCCGGAGCUGGCACAUCCACCUGAGCUGAUGUUUGAUUUUGAAGGAAGACAUCCCUCUACAUUUUGGCAGUCUGCUACUUGGAAAGAGUAUCCCAAGCCUCUCCAGGUUAACAUCACUCUGUCUUGGAGCAAAACUAUUGAGCUCACAGACAACAUAGUUAUUACCUUUGAAUCGGGGCGUCCAGACCAAAUGAUCCUGGAGAAAUCUCUUGAUUAUGGACGAACAUGGCAGCCCUAUCAGUAUUAUGCCACAGACUGCUUAGAUGCUUUUCACAUGGAUCCUAAAUCCGUGAAGGAUUUAUCACAGCAUACGGUCUUAGAAAUCAUUUGCACUGAAGAGUACUCCACAGGGUAUAUGACAAAUAGCAAAAUAAUCCACUUUGAAAUCAAAGAUAGGUUCGCGUUUUUUGCCGGACCUUGGCUACGCAAUAUGGCUUCCCUCUACGGACAACUGGAUACAACCAAGAAACUCAGAGAUUUCUUUACUGUCACAGACCUGAGGAUAAGGCUUUUGAGACCUGCCGUUGGGGAAAUAUUUGUAGACGAGCUACACUUGGCACGCUACUUUUACGCCAUCUCCGACAUAAAAGUUCACGGAAGGUGCAAAUGUAAUCUCCAUGCCACUGUGUGUGUGUAUGACAACAGCAAAUUGACCUGUGAAUGUGAGCACAACACUACAGGUCCAGACUGUGGGAAAUGCAAGAAGAAUUAUCAGGGCCGACCUUGGAGUCCAGGCUCGUAUCUCCCCAUCCCCAAAGGCACUGCAAAUACCUGUAUCCCCAGUAUUUCCAGUAUUGGCAAGUGUUAUUGUAACCCUUUGGGCUCAGUCCAUGAUCGUUGUAAUGGCUCAGGAUUUUGUGAGUGUAAGACUGGAACAACAGGGCCUAAGUGUGAUGAGUGUCUGCCGGGAAAUUCCUGGCACUACGGCUGUCAACCGAAUGUCUGCGACAACGAGCUCCUGCACUGCCAGAACGGAGGGACGUGCCACAACAACGUGCGCUGCCUGUGCCCCGCCGCGUACACGGGCAUCCUGUGCGAGAAGCUGCGGUGUGAGGAAGCGGGCAGCUGCGGCUCCGACUCGGGCCAGGGCGCGCCCUCGCGCGGCUCCCCCGCGCUGCUGCUGCCGCUGGCCGCUCUGCUGGGGACAGCCGGCCCCCUGGGGAUCUAG